AUUGGAAUUCCGCUCCAAACUUGACCUUCUGCACUCCAUCAAAGGAGGCUCUUCCCUGAGAACGGAGCGUUGUAAGUUGGUUUUUGAAGCGCUGAUAUCAAUCUCACCAGCAUUAGUCCUUCAUUUUUCCCCAUUUUUAUAAACCUCAAUCAUUGUUGUACCUCCGUCCUUCCACCGACCCCUCUCCUUCGCCCUUUAUAUAACUUCCCAUAUUCCCUUUCUUAGAUACUCAGGUCACUGACAGUCGUACAAACCUUAUAGCUUCCGGCCAGCCGGAGUUCAUACCGAUAUCAGGUGAUGAACUAAAUGUUUCAUUGAUCUAGCUUAUCCUUCUUUUUCCUAUAUAAUCUGAAUGCAUGAUGAACUCUCACCCAUAAAAUGUAGAUCGUCACUGGAAAAAAAAAAACCCUACAAAAUGCAGGUCAUGGUUGCGAAUUCGGUGUCAUUGAAUAUUCCUUUUCUUUUUUUGGCAGACCAUCAAAGUUGAUGUAUAUGGAUACUUCUGUGAGUUCUUGGUUCUCUGAACUGGGAAUGGAGGACCCCUUUCUGAAUGAUCAAUAUGAUAUCAUGGAUUUUCUUGAUGAUGAAUUAUCUGCUACACUUGGAGAAGAUUUCCAAGGCUGUCUGUCUCCAGAAGGAUUAAAUGCACUUCAAUCCCCAACCUUAAUUCCAACAAGUAGUUCCACAACCAGUUUAUCUGUACUUUCAGCCAUGGAGGCACCUCCAAUUACCAUUGAAAGACCAGCCAAAAAACAAAGGUCCAACGUUAAUGGCAACUCCAACCUUCAAAACAUGACCAAUUUCAAUCCACCUUCCUCUUCCCCGAUGAUCCUCACAUUUGGUAAUCCGGUGUUGCCCGAAAUGAAUCCUCAACAACAAGCAACAACAUUAGGGAACCUGAGCCCUGAUCAUGAUGAUGCAGUUUCCGAGGUAUUAACAUCACCAGGUCCAUUCCCAAAUCUUGAGGAUGCCACCAAAAAAAGUGGCAAGAAACCAGCCAAAAAAUCAGGUGGUCGUGUUAGGCCACCAUCACAAACCUAUGAUCACAUUAUAGCUGAAAGAAAACGACGCGAGCAGCUCAGCCAAAGAUUCGUGGCGCUUUCAGCCAUCGUUCCCGGCCUAAAGAAGAUGGAUAAGACAUCAGUUCUUGGAGAUGCAAUCAACUACUUGAAAUAUCUGCAAGAAAGGGUGAAGACAUUGGAGGAACAAGCCAAGAAACAAACAAUGGAAUCAGUUGUGGUGGUGAAACGAUCACAUGUGUUGAUCGAAGACGAAGGUUCAUCCGAUGAGAUGAACGGUCCCGAUGAACAACAACCACAACAAGAACAACAACAAUCCCUCCCUGAAAUCGAAGCGAAACUGUGUAAUAAGAACAUUCUUCUGAGAAUCCAUUGUGAAAAUCACAAAGGGGUUCUGGUCAAACUCCUUGCUGAGGUUGAAAAGCUCAAUCUCUCUGUUCUCAGCACCAGCGUUUCUCCCUUCGGCAGUUUCGCCCUGGACAUCACCAUUAUAGCUCUGAUGGAAGCAGACUUCAGCCUGACAAUGCAAGAACUGAUUAAGAACCUUCGAUCGGCUCUCCGGAAAGUCGGGCCGGCAGCUUGAUUGAGCAUUCAACAUAGGAUAGGCUGUAUCCUCAAGGAAACAUGAAAAAAAAAAUUGUACAUAUAAAAUAAAACCUGCAUUGUCAAAUUUGGAGCAUCGGGAUAGAAUUAAAAAAUGCGAGCUACUGUUGAGAUGAUUUCAGUUAUUAAUUUUUAGCAAUUUGUUUAGUAACAUUAAGGUUGUAAGAAUUCGAGAACAGUGACCCUCGAGGGCCUCGUGCGCUCUUAGGUUUUUGUAUUCAGUAUGCAACUUAGUAUUUGUGUGAUUAUAAUAUAAAUCUCAUCAUAUCCUGCCAAGGAGCAUUCAGUUUUAGUGUCUAUUCUUCUGUCUAGGACCCUCUGGUUUACAAAUAGAA